AUUUAGCAACAUUGUGUCCACACCCCAUAUGAAAAUAUUGUCGGCUUAUGAAGUAAUUAUGGCAGUUAAAAGUGGUAUAGCUCACAAGUGUGGCACAGAGUUUCAUGUCUUCAUCUGUGCUAGCAAUAGAUGAAUUGUUAUUUCUCACAACUCUUGUUCAGAGAAGGCUCUCUGAGUUUACUAGAAAGAUUCAGGGGUUUUGUCUCCAUAGACACAUGACAUUUAUUGCUUGAGAGUGAAAGGAAGAUAGAAAGAUGAGAAUGAGUGAGUGCUGAUGAAUUUUUUGACUAUUGUGUGGAAGAUGUGGUAGGUUGAUAUGAUUAUGGUCAGCCUUUGUUUCUAAGCUACUUAGGAAGUUGGGAUGUUGGAACUGUAGUUUAUUUCUUCAUUUGAAGGAAAUGAAGGUUAAACUUACUUCACCAAGGAAAAUUGGAGAUUAACAUUUGGCUUCUGUUUCUCAGUAUAGAGGUAUCCAUGAUGAAACAAUAACUUGCUCCUUUUCCUAUUGUCCCUUUUGUGCUUUCAACUGUUCCGCUGUUGCAAAAGUUGAGUUUUGAAGAUGUUAGUGAUUCAUGUGUGGAAACAAGUGAAUACUUAAGCUUUGAAUUAGUCAACUCUGUUUGUGGGAUCUCUUGUUCUGUUGUUCUGCAGGAUGGGAAAAGAGGUAGGCCAUGCAGCGCUGGUUCUGUUUUUUGCAUUGUCAGUCUUAGUUGGCCAUUCAGAAAAAUUGCAGUCAUCCCAGGCACAAACUCUUUUAAGGAUUCAACAGUUUUUGAAUUUUCCUGUGUCUUUGAAUGGCUGGAAGAAUGAUACAGAUUUCUGCAAUUCAGAACCAAGGUCCACUCUUACAGUAGUCUGCUAUGAGGAAAGCAUAACUCAGCUGCAUAUAAUUGGGGAGAAAGAGACUAAUAAGCUUUCUAAGAACUUCUCUAUUGAUUCAUUUGUUACUACACUGGUUAAACUUCCCAAUUUGAAGGUCCUCAGGUUGGUUUCUUUGGGUUUAUGGGGGGCAUUACCAGAUAAACUUUCCCGCUUGUCAUCUCUGGAAAUAUUGGACAUAAGUUCGAAUUUCUUUUACGGUACCAUACCUCGAGGAAUAUUGUCAUUAACAGGUCUCCAAGCUCUCAUACUUGAUGGCAAUAUGUUUAAUGGUAGAUUUCCUGAUGAGCUGGGAUCACUAUCAGUUUUGACAGUUUUGAGUAUGAGAAAUAAUUCUUGUAGUGGAUCUCUGCCCGAUUCCCUAGGAAGUUUGGAAAAUCUAAGAAUCCUUGCCUUAUCCAAUAACAAUUUCUCUGGAGAAGUGCCUGAUCUUAGAAAGUUGGAAAACCUUCAGGUUCUAGACUUGGAAAACAAUUCUCUUGGACCUCAAUUUCCUCCAGUUAAUAAAAAAAUUGUAAGCCUUGUACUGAGGAAAAAUAAAUUUACCUAUGGCAUUCCAGAUGAAGUGAAAUCCUUCUAUCAGCUUGAUCACCUAGAUGUGUCAUCCAACAAAUUUGUGGGGCCAUUUCCAUCAUAUCUUCUGUCCAUGCCAUCAAUUACAUACCUGGAUAUUUCAGCUAAUAGAUUUACUGGAAUGCUUUUCGAAGAUGUGUCUUGCAAUACUGAACUUAAGUUUGUGAAUUUGUCUGCUAAUCUGUUGACUGGGAGGGUGCCUAGCUGUCUACUGUCCAAUUCAAGAAACAGGAUUUUUCAAUAUGCUGCAAAUUGUUUGGCAACGAAGGAUGUAACUCAACAACCGAACUCAUAUUGUCAGAAUCAAGCUUUGGCUGUGGGAAUCCUGCCUCAUCAUAGAAGGCAAAAGGAAGCUUCAAAAAUAAUCCUGGCCUUGAGCAUAUCUGGAAGUACUAUAGGUGCAGUUCUACUACUCGCUCUAGCUUUUGUUCUUGCAAGAAAAUUUCUUGCAAAGAAUGAAGCACAAAAGCUUCCUGUUAGAAUAAUAGAAGAAAAUGCCUCAACAGGGUACACUUCAAAAAUACUUUCAGAUGCAAGAUAUAUUACACAAGCAAUGAAGCUUGGAGCAAUUGGUCUUCCAGCCUACAGGACCUUUUCACUGGAAGAGCUUGAGGAGGCAACUAACAACUUUGACACAUCAUCCUUCAUAGGGGAAGGCUCUUGUGGUCAGAUGUACAGAGGCCAGAUGACGGAUGGUACCUACGUUGCUAUUAGAUGCCUGAAAAUGAAAAGAAGGCACAGCACUCAAGAUUUCUUGCAUCACAUUGAAUUAAUAUCGAAACUAAGACAUCAGCAUCUGGUCAGUGCUCUUGGCCACUGCUUCGAGUGUUACUUGGAUGAUUCAAGUGUGAGCAGAAUAUUCCUUGUCUUUGAAUAUGUUCCAAAUGGGACAUUGAGGAGCUGGAUAUCAGAUAGACGUGCCGGAUCGAAACUUAAUUGGACACAACGUAUUGCAGCUGCAAUUGGGGUAGCAAAGGGUAUACAAUUCCUGCAUACAGGAAUAGUGCCUGGUAUCUUUCCAAAUUAUUUGAAAAUAACAGAUAUUCUAUUGGAUCAGAACCUUGUUGCAAAAGUUAGUAGCUAUAACCUGCCUUUGCUAGCAGAGCAUAUGGGAAAGGAUGAUGUUCAUAGUUCGAAUACAUCUACACAGUUGAAGAACCUAAGGGUAAUGCAUCAAGAAAAGUUCGAUAUCUAUGACUUUGGGAUAAUAUUGCUGAAGAUCAUCUCUGGAAGGCCAAUAAUUUCCGAGAGAGAAGUGGUGGUUCUCAAAGAUCAGCUACAAGCAGUCAUUACAGCAGAUGAUGCAUCCAGAAAGAGAGUGGUCGAUCCGGCUGUUAGUGAUGCAUGUUCAGACGAAUCACUGAAAACUAUGAUCGAGAUUUGCUGCAAAUGUUUGCUCCAGAAUCCUGCAGAUAGACCUUCAGUUGAGGAUAUCCUCUGGAAUUUGCAAUUUGCUGCUCAGGUUCAGGAUGGAUGGAGAGGGGAGUCCUUCCACAGCAGUGACGGCUCUCCAGUUUCAUCCUUCAAACCUCCACACCAACGACUCACAAUUCCUUGGCAUUAGCAUUUAGUACUACUAUUUUGUAAAAAUCAAGUGUUCUAAUAUGGAGUCAUUGGACAUAAAUCAAACUCUUAACUCAAUUAGAAGAUAGCAUAAACCUGCUUUUUGGAUUUUAAUUUGGAUCUUUUACAAAGGCAACUUUACAAAAUUCAAAAGCAAUAGAGAACUGGUCACAUCAUCUCAAAACACAAAA